CAAGUAGAGCCGCCGGAGAUCAAGGCAAUGGACAAGCUGAUGGUCUUCGAACAAGGCACGCUGCCGAGUGUUGACUGGAUUGCCGAGUACCAACGCUUGACAUUCGUCCCAGACAUUCAAAUGGGCUUCAAAGCCAUCAAACACUACUUCAUCUCGAGGUCGUGUCCGGCGUUGGGCAAUGCCUUGACUCACGUCAAGGACACCCUGACGACACCGACAGAACUCUUCGACAAGUCCGCGCAGAUUAUUGUCACGAACAAAGAGGCCAAGAAUCUCCAGCGUUCGUCUGCGCCAGGCCUGAGCAGAGAUCAGCAUCGGCCGAAAGUGGUCGUGGUCGCGACGACAAUGCCAAACGACCAAACUAGUGAGGCCGUGUCUGCCAAUGAAGGGGACAGACUCGCAGCCACCCAGGAAGGUGGCCGCCCCGGCAGAGGCCGAGGACGCGGCAAGACGAAGACAAACACCGCAUCUAGACCCGGGCCCGGCGCAGCAGCUUCAGCCCCAUGGUCCCAUUACAGUCUCUCUGAGCAAGCAUACAAGGCACGCACGAGAUUCCGCUAUUGUCUGCGGCAAGGGCAAAUCGAGAAACUGAGCACCGUCGGGAGUGACUCGAUGACACUCUCGACGCCUUCGGAACCGGUCACUUCGCGGGUGACCGCCCUUCGUUCCGAGGCACAUGCGGAAGUCGAUAGUCCUCCUCUUCUUUAUUCUUUUGAGGACUAUGCUGCCCGGCUCGUUCCUACGCUGGGUACUCAUGCUCAAGGACAAGACGUGUGUGCGACAUCUUCUCCGUCCGGCAGCGGCAAGUUAUUGUCUUCAAGUGGUUCUUCACGGGAUUCGGCGCGCGAGUUCAACAGAGAGGUAUUGGACCCGCUCACAUCCGAGGAUUUCGCAUGGCUUCCUCUCCCGACCACGGGCCGCUUACCGGGACCGCAAUGGGCAGCAUUAUGCGCUCAUCUUCACACGUACUUAUCCUUCUAUGCACCACCAACUUCGCCGACGGAUGACAAAGUCGCAAUGGGGGACAUCCUUGCAUAUGUUACCAAGGUGGCCCACGAGUUUCGCAAUCAGCGGUACGACGACAACAACGCACCGCUCCUCUAUGUCUGCAUCCAAGUUGGGAAAGCGUCCUGCAGCGCUUUGCUGGAUAGCGGUGCGUCUCGCAAUUUUAUGAGCCAAACCUUUAUGCAAAAGGCUGGCCUUGGCGCACAAGUUCGAAGGAAGGCAAACCCGACGGCGAUCAAGUUGGCGGACGGAAGGACGCAGCAGCUUAUCGACCACUACAUCGAGGCCGUACCGGUGUAUUUCGCACCUCGUGCAUGCGAACCGAUGACAUUUGACAUUUUGGACACAGACUUCGACAUUAUUUUGGGAAUGCCUUGGCUUGCAAGUGCGGAUCACACGGUCAACUUCCACAGGUGGACUCGUACCAUUCGCGACACCUUCGGCGCCGAAGUGUCGUGUACUAUUCUUCUUCCGCACCCUUCAAUUCGGUGCCAAGUGGUGACGGCCAAAUCAUUCCGGGUUACUUGUGCUUACCAGCAGCCCGACAAAAUCGGCCUAUGCUUUCUGCGGGCCAUCGUGGUAGCCGACUCUUCACCCACAGACUUGUCUUCGGACCCAUGUGUGGUGCGGUUGCUUGACGGGUUCGCCGACAUCUUCGAGUCACCUACCGGUGUGGUGCCGGAUCGGCCAAUCUCUCACGAGAUCAUUCUCGAGGCCGGUGCCAUACCGCCGAAAGGUUGCAUUUAUCGCAUGAGCGAGGAGGAGCUUACGGUCCUCCGCGCGCAAGUCGAUGAUUCGUUGGACAAGGGUUGGAUCCUCCCUAGUACCUCUCCAUACGGAGCGCCAGUUCUCUUCGUGCGGAAGAAGAACAAAGAUCUACGAUUGUGCAUUGACUACCGCAAGCUCAACACGCAAACCGUCAAGAAUGCGGGGCCUCUUCCUCGCAUCGACGAUCUUCUCGAGCGAUUGGGCGGCGCGGAGUAUUUUUCUAAGUUGGAUUUGAAGUCGGGAUAUCAUCAAAUCUCGAUCCGACCGAACGAUUGUUACAAAUCUGCGUUCAAGACGCGGUAUGGGCAUUUUGAGUGGGUGGUCAUGCCUUUUGGCCUCACCAACGCCCCGAUGACCUUCCAAGCGGCAAUGACCAACGAGUUUCGUGUGAUGUUGGACCGGUUCGUGCUGGUCUACUUAGACAACAUUCUCGUUUAUAGUCGGUCAUUGGAGGAUCAUCUUGAGCAUCUUCGACGAGUGUUGGAGACGCGCCGCCUCGCCAAGUACAAGGCCAAGUGCGACAAGUGCGAAUUUGUUCGGCAAGAGCUGGAAUACUUGAGCCAUUUUCUCACACCGGAGGGCAUCCAAGAGUGGCCGGAGCCGCGGAACGUCACGGAUGUCCGUUCGUUCCUUGGCCUUGCCGGCUACUACCAACGUUUUAUCAAGGGAUACUCGAAGAUCGCGGCCCACUUGACCAAGCUUCAAUGCGAGGAUCGACUGUUUGACUUCGGGGAGGAUGCGCGGGAAUCCUUUUUGGCUCUCAAAGUUCCGCUAUUAUCUGUGGAGGUCUUGCGCAUAUACGACCCGCUAUUGCCAACGCGCAUCACUACGGAUGCGUCCGACUAUGGCAUUGGUGCCUUUCUCGAGCAACACAAUGGCGUGGACUGGCACCCGAUCGAGUACUUCAACAAGAAAGUUUCCGUCGUGCAUUCCAUUGAUGAUGCACGCAAGAAGGAGCUCCUCGCCUUCGUCCACGCGCUCAAGCGGUGGCCACACUUCCUCCUGGGUCGAAGUCAAUUCCGAUGGGUAGACCCAAGACACCGUCAACAACACCAUCGCUCGAUGGAUGGCUUUCAUUGACCAGUUCGACUUCUUUCUCGAUCACAUUCCGAGGAAGUCAAGAACCGU